AUGUUCUUUGCUUUGAGCCUCCUCCUGCUGUGUGCCGGAAUCUCUGCUUCUGGAGAAUUUCAGUGUACAAUGAUCCCAGGAAAACUGAGACAGAUUGAUGCCGGCGCUGGUGAAGUGUACGGUGUGAACGAUAAAGAUGAAAUAUUCCGAUGGGUAAACAGUGACUGGGAACACGUUCCUGGAAAGCUCAUCCAUGUUUCUGUUGGACCUGCUGGAGUUUGGGGUGUGAACAGAGACAGCAAUGUCUAUAAGCUGCAGGACAAUGAAUGGAUGUCUGUAUCAGGGCUCUUGAAGCAGGUAGAUGCUGGUGGUGAUAAGUUCUUGGGUGGAGUGAAUGCACAGGACAACAUCUUCUGCUUGAGAAGGAGCUGCACGGUUUCAAGAUCUUCUGCUGUAUACUUCACCCACCUGGAUGGGGGACUGAAAUAUUACAGCUGUGGGCCAAUGGGUUGCUGGGGAGUGAACAGCGGCAACAGUAUUUACUUCCGCCAUAAUGUUACCCCAAAAGCUUGCCAGGGAACCCAGUGGGAGCAUAUCGAUGGCAGUCUGGCGAUGAUAGAGGUUGGCACAGAUGGUUCUGUGUAUGGCGUCAACUCAGCAGGAAACGUGUACCAAAGGGAUGGAAUCAGUGCCAAAACCCCAGCUGGAACAUCCUGGAUCCAGCUGGACUUCUGUGCCACUUUCAAGCACGUCACUUAUGACAACGGAUAUCUCUGGCUUCUCAACCCAACUGGUGACAUCUAUCAAUGUGCAGAAACAAAUAGUUGA